CAUAAAAUAUUUCUUCUUCUUCCUCAUCUCUUAUGCCAUAAAUGUGUUUUGUGUUGGACAAUGUGUGUUCAUCCAAGAAUUAAUAUAUACAUGGAAAAUAGUUUGUUGGGCUAGUUGUUGCUAUGGUUAAAUUGAUUGUCGCGCAUGUGCGCUGAAAACAUUGUACAACAACGCUGAAACAAUGGGAACAUGUUUUGUUUGUUAGACGAGACAUAUCAAUAUUUGACUGUUUGAGACUUGCAAAGAGAAAUUAAAUGUUUACUAAUUCAUAGUAAUACUCAACUUUAAUCCUCAACAUGACUCUACCACUAUUAAGAAUAGAUUAUGCAGCUGUGGGUGUUACUUCUAAAGGCACAACAAAGAUCUUCCCUGUAUCAGAAUACAGACAAACACAGAAAUUUGCUGUUGGUGAUCAUGAUGGAGUAUUACAUGUAUAUGGUAUGAAGAAAGGAGAGUUACAGGUGUCAUUUAAGUCUCUGCCAGGACCAAAGAUCAAUAAAUUAGUUUUGGGAGGUACAGGACGCGAUAAAAUUUAUAUUGCCCAUGAAAACACUGUGAAGGGUUACACAAAGAAAGGAAAGCUGUUCUUGGACUUUGACACGAAUCUCAUAGAUCCUAUUUCAUCAAUGUAUGUGCUUGGUCCGGAUCUUGCAGCAUGUGCCAGAGACCUUUAUCACAGGUAUCAUGACUGCAAAGAUUCUGAUUCUUACCUAGCAGGUGAAACCUUAUACGAUGUUAUUCUCCUGCCUGCUGAUGGUUCAAAUGUUUACACUCUUCUUGCCUGUGGAGACUGUGCAGUAAGUUAUCAAAUCUGUAUUAAAGCAUUGAAACUUAAUAAAUUCUAUUCUACCCAGGUACGUGUUCUUCAUGGUACAAGGAGUCCAGCAGUUCUUAGACUGCCAAGUGUACCUACAGUACUAUCAUUAUAUAGAGAAGGCGAUGUUGAAUCCAAAGAUCGUGUUUUGCUUGGAACCAUGGAUGGUAGGGUAGGAUUACUUAUUCUUCAAGGUAACAAAACCUUAAGGAUUACGUGGCUAUUGAACAUGAUAGGUUCUGAAGUCACUGCCUUAGAUACAUAUGAACUGCAAGACGGUUUAGAUAUACUUAUUGGCAGACAGGAUGGCACUGUUGAUGUGUACACUUUCCCUGAUGAAGAAUUACUGCCAUCUCUUCGUUACCGUUACAAUGCUGCUGAAAGUAUCACUUCAGUGGUAGGUGGAGUAAUUGGGGCUGCAGGAUGUCCUGAAGUUCUGGUCACUACCUAUUCGGGUCGAAUAUUUGGCUUGACCACAAGGUCUCCUGGACUCCUAGAAGCUGAUCAAAAUGAGGGUGUACUAAAAUUAAAAGCAGAAAUUCAACAGUUACAGGAAAAACUUAACGAAGAAAAGGAAGCAGCCAAUUUUACAGUUGAUCCAUUGGCACCUUUAAUUCUAUCAGUAAAUCAUAGAAUGGUCUUAAACAAGGAGGAUGCAUCGUAUUUAUUUUCCAUAGAACUUGAUACUCCUAUUGAUAAUAUCUUAGUACAAUCUGACACACCAAUAGAAUUACUGGAUGUUGAAAGUAACAGUGCAGUGAUGAGCCUCUCUGCCUGUAAUCCAAGGGAAGGUAAUUUUGUUCUUGCUACCUAUCGUUGUCAAGUGAACAUUAAUCAUCUUGAAAUGAGACUAAGAACCAUAGAAGGUCAGUCAGGUACCCUACAAAUAUAUGUAACAUCACAAGUACAGCCAAAAUGCUGCCGUAAAAUAUCAAUACCCAUAUGUGCCCUUUCUCUUCAUGUAAGGCAAUACGAGGAUGAUGACACAGAAUCUACUGGAGGGCCUUUCAAUGAAUUAAGAUUGAUCGGAAGUUUCACUGUUGCUGAGAUGCACGCCUGGCUGUCUUUGGCGUUGCCCAAUGUACCUGAAAGACCCCACUUACAAGAUGGUGAAGCACUUUUAACAUACAUCUCAUCUUUUGUGGGCACAACCUUGAAAUGCACAUAUAAGAAAGGAAGUGCUGUUUUUCUCGGGGAGAACAUAUCAAGCAUUAUAAUUUUAAGAGAUAUAUUAACCAGAGAAGCAACAAAGAGAAAAAUCAAGUUGGACGUAUUCUGUGAUGUUGCUGAGGGUAGCAUUUCUAAAGUAUUAGAACUGAUUCUGCCACGAUUAAAUGCUGCCCAUGAUUUAAAUGUAAAGGUAAAAAUUUUGAAUGCACUCGAGGAAUGGGAGUUAAAGGAAAAUCCGAAAGAAAAUUUGUCUCUGGCGUACCAAGAGUUGGUACAAAACGAGAUAGAAAUCAAAUCACAAAUGGCAAAAGAUAAUGAAAUUUUGGAUAGACUGCAUGGAAUAAUCACUGAUCUUUAUGUUGAUUGGGAGAGAGCUAAACGAUCUCGCAGAAUUACUAGCACAGAAGCUACUGAAAAACUUAAUGCAGCACUCGAGACGAGAGAACUGGCUCAAAUUUUACAAGUUUUCAUCGAUACAAGUAGUACGGUGCCUGCACCAUCUUCAGCACCUUCAACCACUUAACACUGCCCUACAAACAUUUCUCUGGAGUAUACAAUAAAAAUGGACCACGGUGUUUCUAUAAAUGUCUUUGCGUAAAAAAUAUAUUUUUCAACGACGAUUCGCAAUAUAAACGGCUAACUUACCUAAACUUAAA